CUUUGGCUAAAAGUAAAAAAUGAUCCAAACGUUAACACCAAAGUGGAAGAGAUCAUCAACGACUUGAAAUGUAAAGCACUGAAAGUCCAGAGCAGUCUUUUAUCGAUCUGGUCCAAUUAUGCAUCAAAAAACAAGAAACCUGACGAGCCCAAUGCACAAGUUGCUCAACAGCCUAUUCAGUUCCAGCCCAAUGAUGCUCAGUUUGUGGAGCCGGUGGAGACCGAUGAAGACAUCAUCCACGUCAACCUCAAAACAUCCAAGAAACCAAUUCCAAAGGCCCAAGAAUUUCUAAAAAAACAGUUAUCUUUGAUUGAUGCCGAUUUAGUCGGCUUGUAUAAACGAAAGGAGUCUGGUGUCAUUACUGCAGAGCAAGAACAAGACUUAAAAGAGAAGAAGAAGAGAAAAGCUGUGCUGGAAAAGGAAUUGAAAGAGAAAGUUGAUGGACAGCUAAGAGCCAGAAAUUCCGAAAGAUUCGAAGCGAAAACUUGAAGAAACUGUGUGAAUCAAAUCCAGAACUAAAAUCCAAGCUUCGUCUACGAGAAAAACGGGGCCGCCCAAAUGUUGAUGACGUUCAUCCUGGCCUUUUGAAAGCCAUAAUGGACAUUGCCCUGCACGGCUCUGCUGCGCACGAAAAACGAAGAACGGAAGUCUAUCGCAGUGUCCGAACGCUCGAUGAUCUAACUGAACAACUUCAGAAGGAUGGCUUUCAAAUAAGCAGAAGUGGCGUGUAUCUCCAUCUUCAGCCGAGGAGCAGUGCGACUCACGAGGGAAAGCGCCACGUCAAAACCAUUCCGGUGAAGCUGAUUCGUGCCCAAAACGAUGCCCAUUCAAGGCACAUUGAUGGUCGAUUCUGUGCUCAAAAUAUGAAGCGCCUGGAAGAGUUGUCAUCCAUUCUUGGGCCACAAGAGGUUUUUUAUGUAAGCCAGGACGACAAAUGUAGAGUGCCUAUUGGUACUACCGCAGCCAACAAGCAGUCCCCGUUUUUAAUGCACAUGGAAUACCGAGUUAUGUUACCGGAUCAUGACUGGGUGGUUGCUGCUGCCCCUAAGCUCAUUCCGUCCGUCUAUGGAGCAGUCGAGAUUCAAAAAGAUGGCCUCGGAAAGCCAGAAUCGGUCGGGUUUUCCGGUCCCACCUACAUAGGCAUUCGAUCCGGCAAACAUUCGUCCUCUACGGCCCUUUCUCAUGCUGUGGAUUUUGAGAGUCUCAUCAACCUCCCAGAAUUUGAAUCGUUUGCCAAGGUUGGAGUCGACAAACUACUCAAGCCGGUUCUCGUCUUCAGCGUGGAUGGAGGUCCAGACGAAAACCCUCGUUACCAAAAGGUGAUUGAUGUUUCCAUUCACCACUUUCUCCGGCACAAUCUGGAUGCAAUUUUUAUUGCUUGCAAUGCUCCUGGCAGGAGUGCGUUCAAUCGAGUGGAGAGAAGAAUGGCUCCUCUUAGCCGUGACCUAUCUGGUUUGAUCCUUCCUCACGAGCAUUUCGGAUCGCACCUCAAUAAUUCCGGUCUCACGGUUGACGUCGAACUAGAGAAGCAGAAUUUUCAGUAUGCUGGAGAGACCUUGGCAGAGAUUUGGUCGGGAAGCAUCAUCGACUCAUUUCCGGUCAUUGCUCACUACAUCGUGCCUGAAAACUCUGAGAUGAGAGCGGACCAACUGGAGACCAGAAGCAUCGAAUGGUUUUCUACUCAAGGGCGGACAAGCCAAUACUUUACUCAGAUUGUAAAGUGUGAGGAUACUGGAUGCUGCUCGAAGCCAAGAGGAUCCUAUUUCACUGUCAUGCCUAGUCGUUUUUUGCCUCCUUUGAUCCCUCUCUCUCAGUCACGCGACUUCGGCCUGAUCGUUCCAGAAAGGGAAAACUUUGAGAGUCACAAGUUUCCUUCCCUUUUUGCUGGUCAGUUGUUAAAAAUGGACAUAAUUUUACCACGCUCUACACAUUCCUUCAAGGUCCUCCCUUACGACCUUUACUGUCCAUCUAUUCAAUCCUUGCUUGUCGUCCGGUGUUGUAAAACUUGUCACCUGUAUUUUGCAUCAGUGGCCAUCCUGAAGAAACAUAUGGCAAUUCAUCGUGAGCAAGCGGUUAGUUUGAACGCCCCCAAAAUGCGGCCGAUGCGCGUAGCAGCUCGACGCCAAAGAGAGCUGAUGGCCGUUAUUGCGGUAGAGGAAAACGGGGAACAUGUGGACUGGAUGGAGGAGGAGGAGCUCGACCUAGUCGGAAUUCCGGUACCAAAUGAUGAAGCUAUUCCACCUCGCCCUAUUCCCGUCUACUCGAUCGAUCAACACCUAUCCUGUCCGUGGAUAAACACCGACCAUUGAAUGUCAGUGUCGUUUUUGCAUUUUAAAAAAUCGGAAUGAACAAUACAA